AUGAAAACAUUCAUCAUAAUAACACUCAUUUUCAUUUGUAAUUCUUUAAAUGUAAAUGCAACAAGUGAGUUAGAAAUAGGAGUUAUUUAAUUUGAAGAAGCAAAUGGAUCAUAAAUUUAUAAUCAAGUAUUUUCUUAUUAAAUCCUAGCUAGUUCGAUUUGAUACUCCAUUCGCAAAAGUACCUUAAGUAGCUUUAGCUUUAGUAGAACAUACAUCUACAACAGCUCUAUUUGCAAAAGUUAAAAAUAUUACUUAAAAUGAUUUCAUUAUCCAAUUUUUUAGUGCUGUCACUUUGAAUGCAACUUAUAGAUAUUUAGCAACUACAGAUAAUGAAGUUUAUAUUAACUGUUCAAAUUUCAGAGCAACCCAACAAGCCAUAUUUAAAUAUCCUUAAUUUUAAUCUCAAGUCAACGCUAUAGCCUUCCUUGUUGGUUAUCAUCAUAAUGGAUUUGUUAAUAUUUCAAUAAAUCAGAAUAGUAAUAUACAAGCUAAUUUAUCAAUUAAUACAAAUGAUGUUUAAUAAACAGCUAUAGGAAUGUGUUUGAUUGUUGGAAGCAAUCUUUAAUUUGAUGAUGAUGCAGAUACUCCAAAAUUUAGUGGAAGAAUAAGUAGUCAAGGAUAAAUAAGAUCAUUAUCAUUUAGACCAAGUAUUUUUAAAAUAUUAUUUAUUGAGGUUUAAUAAAAUAGUGGACAAUCAAAAUAGAAAAUUGAAGAAUCAUUAACUGAUUUAGUAAUAAUUAUAUUAAUAAAUAUAGAAAACAUUUUUUGAUCAAAACUAAAAUAGAAAAGAGGAAGAGGAUGAGUAAUUUACAGAUGUUUCAGAAGAGUUAGAACCAUAAAUUAUAGAAGAUUUAGAAGAAUGUUAAUAAGAACUUAAUGAUAAUAUUGUUGAAGAAUAAUCAAUUUCAGAUGAUUUUAGUGAGGAGGAAGAAGAUGAUGAAUAUUUCUGGAAUAAAUAAGACAAAUAAUAAAAAUCCUCUGUUGAUUUUGAAUUAUAAUUAACUUUACUUCAAGAUGCUUUAAAAAAGAAACCUUAAAUCUAAUAAUAAACAAUUAAAGAAUUAAUUAAAAAGACUUCAAGUAAUUAAAAACAAUAAAAAUAAAAGCAAGUUAUUAAAAAAUAGAAAGAUGAUGUUUAAAAGAAAAAUAAAUAAGAUGAUGAUGAACAAAAUAUUAAGAAAAAUGAUAAUUUUAAGAAUGUGAAUACUUAAAUUUUAAAUAAUGAAGAAAUUGAUAUGAAAUUAUAAUAAAAAGAAUCUCAUGUGAGAUCUUUAAAAAAAGCAUUAUAAUCAGUUGAGACAGCUAAAGAAAAAGAAUUAGAAGUUAUACUUCCCUAAAUUGAACUCGAAAAGUAAUUAUCCUAAGAUUAAGAAUUGCAUAACCUUAAGAUUGACAAUAAACAAUAGGAAAUUCUAGAAGUAUCUAAACCUAUUGGAUAUUAAAGUCCUUUAAUAGAUGACAUUCCAAAAAUUGAAGAAAUUAUUGAAGUGAAAUAAAAGGAGAAGAAGUUUACAUAAAAACUUGAUGGCUAUAUGUAGAGUUUUUCAUAAGAUACUUAUACAUAGAAAGUGCAAAAAAAAAAAUAAGAAGAUUAAAUUAAUAAAAAUGAAUCUAAUUAAAAAGAAAUUAUGGAAUAAGUUCAAUUAAUUCAACUUACAGGUCAAUCUCAUUCUGCUAAAGUUGUAUAUGAAGCUUCCGAAGAUUCUCUAAGAAAAUUUGAGGAAGAUUUUGAAAGAAGAAAAUGUAAUAAUUUUAUAUAUUAAUAUAGAGGAAAAAAUGAAAGAAAUUAAAUAGUAAUUGAUUCCAGAGAAUAAACCAACUAAAGUUAAAUUUUUAUCCUUAGCUUAAGAGGAUGAAUAGCUGAGGUCAUAUAAAGAUUUCUUUUACAAUUGA